AUGGAAAGCAGAGAGGAGAUGGUGAUGCUGGCGGAGGGAGGUCAGCUUGGCAAGAGCGGCUCUAAUUUGUCUGGAGCCAUCGGGAGCCCCGUGCGAGAACCGCAGGGAAAGCCUGGUCACAGAAGCUGUCUGAGCCCCGGCGGUGCGCCUUACUCCCGGGACAGAACGGAGGUGGUGAUGGAGGAAAGCGCACGGAGGAAUAUGUGCGCCGAUAUGAGGCCAGUUGGCACAUCUUCCUCCGGAGAGAGGCACCGGACUGAUCAUCUCCACAAAGACGGCAGCAGCUCAGACACGGAGUCGGACUUCUACGAGGAAAUUGAUGUCAGCUGCACGCCUGAAAGCAUGGACUACCCGACAGCUAAAGGUCGAAAUGGGGAUUCUCCGAGUCACCCGAGUGAGACUGGUGCAGAUCCGGGUAACAUUGUCCCGGGUCAGGGCUCUCUGUCCUAUUCAGCGGAUCAGAUUCGCCGGUACCGGACAGCGUUCACUAGAGAGCAGAUCGCACGGCUGGAGAAGGAAUUUUACCGGGAGAACUACGUGUCCAGGCCGCGGAGAUGCGAACUGGCGGCUGCUUUAAAUCUACCUGAAACUACAAUCAAGGUGUGGUUUCAGAACCGCAGGAUGAAAGACAAGCGCCAGCGUCUGGCCAUGACUUGGCCUCACCCCGCCGACCCGGCCUUCUACACCUACAUGAUGAGCCACGCGGCGGCCACGGGGAACCUGCCCUACCCCUUCCCAUCCCACCUGCCGCUGCCUUACUACUCCCACCUGGGUGUAGGAGCUGGAGCGGCUCCGGCCGCCACCCCUUUCUCCAACCCUCUGCGCUCCCUCGACAGUUUCCGGAUGCUGUCUCACCCCUACCAGAGGCCGGAGCUCCUGUGCGCCUUCAGACACCCCUCCCUGUACCCGGGUCCGACCCACGGCCUCGGUCCCGGGGGAAGCCCCUGUUCCUGCCUGGCCUGUCACUCCAGUCAAUCCAACGGUAUCUCAACCAGGCCCUCCGGCUCGGACUUCGCUUGUUCCCCAACUAGCAGGACUGACGCUUUUGUCACUUUCACGCCUUCAGUGCUCAGCAAAUCCUCAUCUGUGACAUUAGAUCAGAGGGAAGAAGUGCCUCUGACCAGAUAA